AUGACUGACUGGAGAGCCGAGGAUCCAGUGCGAGGAGCCGGAGAGACCGUGAACAGCUGGUGUCCAGAGUCGAGGGUGUUGAGAGAUCCAGUUGCCGUCAUGGGCUUCAGGGCGGUGCUGCUGUCCUUCCUCCUGGUGUCUCUGAGCUGGUCCAGAGGAGCCGUCAUCACAGGGGCCUGUGAGAGAGACCUGCAGUGUGGUUUUGGUCUUUGCUGCGCCGUCAGUCUGUGGCUGAGGGGUCUGAGGAUGUGCGUCCCAAGAGGUGUGGAAGGGGAUGAAUGCCACCCCUUUAGCCACAAGGUGCCCUAUCCAGGCAAAAGGCAGCAUCACACCUGCCCCUGUCUCCCCCAUUUGGUGUGCACCAGGUACGAUGAUAGCAAGUAUAGAUGUACCGACGACUUCAAAAACAUGGACUUUUAA